AUGGCGCUCCUCAAUCCCCUCUACGCCUGCGUCGUGCCCUUCCUCCUCAUCGCCACCAUCCCUCUCGCCAUCUUCGCCGGCAUCACCACCACCUUCGCCUUCUCCAUCCUCAUCUUCCGCGUCUUUGUCGUCUACCUCGACAUCGCCCUCUCCCUGGUGUCGCAGUCUCUCGCCCACCUCACCGAGAGCAGCGGCUUCAUCACCAGCAACAGCAGCAAGAACCAUGCCCGGCCCCCACGGGCCUCGUCGUCGUCGUCGUCCAUCAACAGCCGCGCCAACAGCGUCAGCCCGUCAGCCUCGUCCACGCUCCUCAAGCGGCAUCGCCGCCGCAGGCCCAGCACGUCCGUCUACUCGGCCGGCACCACCACGCCGGGCAGCGACAUUGGCCUCGGCCUCAUCCCCAGCGUUGGCGUCGAGAGAGACUUUGAGGGCGUUGGCGGGUGGCGCCUCGGCGAUGACGAUGACGACGACGCCGCCUGGACCACCAUCAAUUCUCGCUCCGAGCUGCACGACCGGUCGCACGACAGGAAUCACCGGCGCACCUUGUCCGGCGGCCCGACCAGCACUUCGGCCGAGAGCGGCUUUCUCAUGAUGAAGGACCGCACUCGGAGCCCCGAGAAGAUGCUCCUGACGACGCCAUCUCCAAACAGCUCCAGGGUCCGAGCGCCGUCGGCAGCUCCGCGUCUUGGGUCGGGCGCGAACCAGAGCGAUGGAUAUUUUUCUCUAAUGACAUACUCCAAAGCUGUUAAAAGGAAUCUCGCUUAA